CUAGCUGGUUGGCUCAAGCCUCUGGUAUUUCCUGCUGCCCGCCGCCGCACCGCCAGUUGAGCCCCUUCGCCGGGCCCAGCCUGGCCCGGAGCGCGGAACGGAGCUGGCAGCACGAAGCCCCCCAGCACCCACGCCAUGAAGGAGGAGGCCUUUCUCCGGCGUCGCUUCUCACUCUGUCCACCAGCAUCCACGCCGCAGAAGACCGACCCCCGGAAACUCACGCGGAACCUGCUUCUGGGCUGUGAGAAUGUGCUCGGCCCCAUCAGCCCAGGGAGAGACAUGGAGACCAAUGGCCUGUCACCACUGAGAGAUGAAGAGCCCCCGACCCCAGGCUCCGGCACUAAGGUGCCACCGGCCGAAUACAGGCUGUGCAAUGGACCCGACAAGGAGUGUGUGUCCCCAACAGCCAGGGUCUCCAAGAAGGACGCUCUCAAGGCGCAGAAGGAGAAUUACCGGCAGGAGAAGAGGAGGGCCACCAAGCAGCUGUUCAGCGCGCUCACCGACCCCAGCGUGGUCAUCAUGGCCGAUAGCCUGAAGGUCCGAGGGACCCUGAAGAGCUGGACGAAGCUGUGGUGUGUGUUGAAGCCUGGCGUGCUGCUCAUCUACAAGACGCCCAAGGCGGGCCAGUGGGUGGGCACCGUUCUGCUGCACUGCUGCAAGCUCAUUGAGCGCCCCUCCAAGAAGGACGGCUUCUGCUUCAAGCUCUUCCACCCACUCGACCAGUCCGUGUGGGCUGUAAAGGGACCCAAAGGCGAGAGUGUGGGCUCCAUCACCCAGCCUCUCCCGAGCAGCUACCUGAUCUUCAGAGCCGCCUCGGAGUCAGAUGGCCGCUGCUGGCUGGAUGCCCUGGAGCUGGCCCUGCGAUGCUCCAGCCUACUGAGAUUGAGCACCUGCAAACAGGGCCGCGAUGGGGAGCCAGGGUCCUCGCCCGACGCGUCACCUUCCUCUCUCUAUGGUCUGCCCACCUCGGCCACCAUCCACCCGGAUCAGGACUUGUUCCCGCUGAACGGGUCUGCUUUAGAGAACCAUCUGGAGAAUGAUGGAUUCUCAGACAAGUCUGAGCGAGAGAACGCCGAAGACUCAGACGCAGAGACGCAGGAACACAGCCACAAGACCAAUGAGAGUGGGAGCGACCCGUCGGACAGCCCCGGAGGGCCACGGAGGGGGACCACCUAUGUGGAGCAGACCCAGGAGGAGCUAGCAGAGCUGGGCGAGGCAUCCCAGGUGGAGACCGUGUCAGAGGAAAACAAGAACCUGAUGUGGGUGCUGCUGAAACAGCUGCGUCCGGGCAUGGACCUGUCCCGCGUGGUACUGCCCACCUUCGUGCUGGAGCCACGCUCCUUCCUCAACAAGCUCUCGGACCACUACCACCAUGCGGACCUGCUCUCCAGGGCAGCUGCGGAGGAAGACCCCUAUCACCGCCUCAAGCUCGUGCUGCGGUGGUACCUGUCCGGCUUCUACAGGAAGCCCAAGGGCAUCAAGAAGCCCUACAACCCCAUCCUAGGGGAGCUCUUCCGCUGCCGCUGGCUUCAUCCGCAGACCAACAGCCAUACCUUCUACAUAGCAGAGCAGGUAUCCCACCACCCGCCUGUGUCUGCCUUCCAUGUCAGCAACCGAAAAGAUGGCUUCUGUAUCAGCGGCAGCAUUACAGCCAAGUCCAGGUUCUACGGGAACUCACUGUCAGCCCUGCUGGAUGGCAAGGCCAAGCUCACCUUCCUGAACCGUUCAGAGGAGUACACCCUCACCAUGCCCUACGCCCAUUGCCGAGGACUCCUCUAUGGCACCAUGACCCUGGAGCUGGGGGGCAAAGUGACCAUUGUCUGUGAGAAGAACAACCUCCAAGCUGAGCUGGACUUCAAGCUCAAGCCUUUCUUUGGUGGUAGCACCAGCAUCAACCAGAUCCAGGGGAAGAUCACAUCCGGAGCAGAGGUCCUGGCACAUCUCACUGGGCACUGGGACAGAGAUGUGUUCAUCAAAGAGGAAGGCAGUGGAGGCACCGAACUCUUUUGGAGCCCAAGCGAGGAGGUCCGUGGACAGCGGUUAAAGCGACACACAGUGUUGUUCGAGGAGCAGACUGAGCUGGAGUCUGAGAGGCUCUGGCAGCAUGUCACCAGGGCCAUCCGCAAGGGCGACCAACACAAGGCCACGCAGGAGAAGUUCGCGCUGGAGGAGGCCCAGCGGCAGCGUGCCCGCGAGCGCCAACAGAGCCUCGUGCCGUGGAAGCCGCGGCUCUUCUACCUGGACGCGCUCACUCAGGACUGGCGCUACCGACACGAGAACCUCAGCCCCUGGGAUCCCCUGCAGGACCUUAUCCAAUUUGAGCAAGAUGGGAUUCUUCACACUCUGAAGCGGGAGACCAUGGCCGGCCAUACUGCCUUCCUGGGAAGCCCCGGGUCCAUGCGUGAGAGGUCUGGCCCAGACCGGCGGCUCCGCAAGGCCAGCGACCAGCCCUCUGGCCAUAGCCAGGUCACGGAAAGCAGUGGCUCCACCCCUGAGUCCUGCCCGGACCUCUCUGAUGAAGACUUUGUCCCUGGCAGCGAGAGCCCGUGCCCUAGGUGCAGACGGGAGACCCAGAGGCUGCGGGCACUGCAGGAUGCUGUGUUAUCCAUCCGUGAGGCUCAGCAGGAACUCCACAGGCACCUCUCAGCUAUGCUGAGCUCCGUGGUCCAGGCUGGGGAGGCGCCGGCCCCAGGCCUCCUGCAGAGUCCCCGCUCCUGGUUUCUGCUCUGCGUGGCCCUGGCGUGUCAGCUGCUCAUCAACUAUCUCCUCAAGUAGGUGCCCUGCAGAGCAGUGCGGGGAUGGCUGCAGAAGCCCUCCCAGGCACCCAGCACUUUAUGCCAGCCACGCGGAGGCAGCGGGGCCCACCAGCAUGGCCACUGUGACGGAGGGACCACGUGCAGGAAGACGGCAGGCAUGGCCUAGAGCCAUGCGGGCACUAUGGCCCCAGUGUGCAGGACCCUCUGGGGAACGCCGGCCUCUCCUGCAGGGCCUUGUGCUCAGAACUGGCCUUAAUGCUAACGCCAAAUGCAGUCUGUGCCCUGUAGCAUGCCCCUGGUCAUCUUGCCUCACCAUUCACAGGUCAGCUCCUGUUUGCCACAUGGCACUGGAUUUGGGGGUCAGGAGGGCCUCUCCAGGCUUUGGGCAGUGAGUGAGGUUUCCAGGAGCCCGCAAGGCUCUUUGGUGGGGACAUAGACUUCCUGUCAGUCUGUCCGCUUUGCUGUGCUUGUUCAGGUAGGCUCGGGGCAGCUGCUCCGGUGGAGACACUUGGGGCUUUUGCCCCGCCAUGGUGCAGUUCGGACUGGAGCUCAGUACAAGUAGUGAUUGGAGUGUCAUAGCUCCCACAGCAGGAAUAGCCACAGCUGUGCCCCGGUGCCUGCUCUGUGAGCAAAAGCAGUGUGCAAGGGAUGGCCCCACAGGCCAGCGAGGUUCAAGCUUGCCACAUGCCCAGACCCACGCAGUCUUCCUAUUGUUGACACUUUUUAAUAUACGUAAUUGCAAUAUUGGAGGCAGCUGCCCACAACAGCCAGCCUCUGGCAUCCAACCCCAGAUCCUGUGUGGGUGGCGCUCUAUGUGCCUGUGUGUGUGUGUGAGAGAGAGAGAGAGAGAGAGAGAGCAAAUGAGCAUCUACCCAUAUUCACAUUCAGAGCCUUAAACUACUUUGUGGGUGCCAUCUCAGCUGUAACUGAUCCUUUCAUUUUCCAAGUUUUGUACCCGUGUCCUUGUCUGUCCCCAACCUGGGGAUGUGUCUGUGCUCCAUGCCGUGAAAUAAAUAAAUGGACUUAGAUGUU